UCAGUUCUUCCCCCCCGACUCGGGCCGGCUGCAUUCGGUGGACCCCCGCGGACGAGGGGCGACUUUGCCGCCGCAAGCCUUUCGGGGCCGCCGGUGGAAGAUGGCGUGGGUGCUGAAGAUGGACGAAGUGAUCGAGUCCGGGCUGGCGCACGACUUCGAUGCCAGCCUCUCCGGCAUUGGGCAAGAGCUGGGCGCUGGCGCCUACAGCAUGAGUGAUGUUCUGGCACUGCCCAUUUUCAAGCAAGAAGACUCUAGCCUUCCACCUGAUAAUGACACAAAACAUCCACCAUUUCAAUAUGUUAUGUCUGCUGCAACUUCCCCAGCAAUCAAACUGCAUGAUGAAACACUUACUUACUUAAACCAAGGUCAGUCCUAUGAAAUUCGGCUGUUAGAUAAUCGAAAAAUGGGAGAUAUGCCAGAGAUCAAUGGGAAACUGGUAAAGAGUAUCAUAAGAGUAGUGUUCCAUGACAGAAGACUACAAUACACUGAGCAUCAGCAGCUAGAAGGCUGGAAGUGGAAUCGUCCUGGAGACCGAUUACUUGAUUUAGAUAUUCCUAUGUCUGUUGGAGUAAUUGAUAUAAAAACAAAUCCAGGCCAGCUCAAUGCAGUUGAGUUUUUGUGGGAUCCUGGAAAACGCACAUCUGCCUUUAUUCAGGUACAUUGUAUCAGCACUGAAUUUACCCCCCGUAAACAUGGAGGUGAAAAAGGAGUUCCUUUUAGGAUUCAGGUUGACACUUUUAAACAGGCAGAAAAUGGAGAGUACACUGAUCAUCUGCAUUCAGCCAGCUGUCAAAUCAAAGUGUUUAAGCCAAAAGGGGCAGACAGAAAACAGAAAACAGAUAGAGAAAAGAUGGAGAAGCGAACUGCCCAUGAAAAAGAAAAAUAUCAGCCUUCAUAUGACACUACGAUUCUCACUGAGAUGAGGCUUGAGCCUAUAAUUGAAGAUGCAGUUGAACAUGAGCAGAAAAAGUCCAGCAAGCGGACUUUGCCAGCAGACUACGGUGAUUCUCUGGCAAAGCGAGGCAGUUGUUCACCAUGGCCUGAUACGCCUACUGCAUUUGUAAAUAAUAGCCCUACCCCAACACCAGCUUUUACUUCUUCUCCACAUACUACUUACAGUGUCCCAGACAGUAAUUCAUCAUCUCCAAAUCAUCAAGGAGAAGGGAUUUCCCUAGCAGGUGGUGAGCAACUUCAUCCAUCAGCCACAAUCCAGGAAACCCAACAAUGGCUGCUUAAACAUAGAUUUUCCACUUACACAAGGGUGUUUUCCAAUUUCUCAGGUGCUGAUUUAUUGAAGUUGACAAGAGAAGAUCUGGUACAAAUCUGUGGUCCUGCUGAUGGAAUUCGGCUUUACAAUGCACUUAAAUCAAGGUCUGUUAGGCCACGUCUAACAAUCUAUGUAUGCCAAGAGCAGUCAAGAAGUAUACGACUGGAAAGGCAACAAGACUCAGGCAAUGGAGAAAGGAAUGGUGCAAUAUUUGUUUACCAUGCAAUCUACUUGGAAGAAAUGGCUGCCUCGGAAGUCACUCGCAAGCUUGCUUUGGUGUUCAAUAUCCCUUUGCAUCAAAUUAACCAGGUUUACAGACAAGGUCCUACUGGCAUCCAUAUUCUUGUCAGUGAUCAGAUGGUUCAAAACUUUGAAGAUGAGAGCUGCUUCCUUGUUACCACAAUAAAAGCUGAAAAUGGUGAAGGCUUCCAUAUAAUUUUGAAGUGAUGUUGCCAUAUGUAUCACAGACUGAUAAUCCAGUUGAAAAAUGAAGUCAUCAAGAAUGGCGAAUAACAUCAAGUCUCUUCAGGGAUCUGACUUCACAAUAUAGAAUGUUUCAUAUUGAAAACACAAGUUGACCUUCUAAUGAGCUGUUUAGUAAAUGAACUUAUCACUGCCAUAGCCAAAUGUCCUCAUUAGAGGUAGAAAA